AUGUUUACAUCAUCUUCUAUCCAAUUCCACGCCCCAAUCAUUCACCACCGUCUAUCCUUCACCACAACCCACUCCUUAUACGUUCAUUCCCACAACCACAACCACAACCACACAUUCCACGCUCCUACUCCAUCAUUCCUACGCCCUCCGCUGCUAAACCCCUCUCCUCCCUCCAUUUUCACAGUCGCCGCCAAGUCUCCAACACCCGACAAAGCCAGCGAGCAGAAAUGGGUCCACGAAGGUCUCAUCACCGAAUCCCUCCCCAACGGCAUGUUCCGUGUUCUCCUCGACAACCAAGACCUUAUCCUCGGCUACAUCUCCGGAAAAAUUCGAAAGAAUUAUGUUCGAAUCCUUCCCGGAGAUAGAGUUAGAGUUGAAGUCAGUCGCUAUGACUCCUCCAAAGGACGCAUAAUUUACAGGAUUCGGAAUACCCCCGGUGGUCCCAGCUCUUAG